AUGGCCACGUUCAAGCUCAGUUCACCACGUUCCCUCACGUUCCUCGUGGGUGAAAGGAGGCAAAAGGGGCGGAGGCUUUGGGUGCGUGGAUCCAACCAUCAGUAUCAUGUCGUCUUUGUAUUCAGAAAUUUACGACACUGCUCAGUAAUUAGGAGCCAGGAAUUGAAGGGUUUUGCGGGUGUGGACCUACAGUGCCGUGUUAGUAGCUUUUUUAGGGAGUGUCGAUCCCCGGUUAUCUUCGCCUUUGGAAACGAGGCUGGGGAAGUUGAACGGACACCGUUCCUUCAGGACAUGAGGCAUCGGUGCACUGAAUACAACUGGCAAGUAUUACAACCAAGUAUAGAGUAUACCUUCGCUCCGUCGACCAAUGGGGAACGGGUGCCUGAACCUGCGGUUCAGUUCCUGGGAGAUUUGAGCACAGGCACUAUUGUGCUCGAGUGUGGGUGCCAGUGUGAGCGCUUGGACAAUCAACAUCAAUUGAAUUGGGCACAUCGAUUGCAAACUGGUCUGAAAUUGAAACUCCCUCCAGUCUUGCGAAGCACAUGUACACAGUGCUGCCAUUCAAUAGACACACCCCUACACAGUACUUUUAUCUGCCAGCCGGUGCCAGCCGGUGCCAACGCGCUCGAAAACGCGUCACCGUCGCCGUCUGGUUCGAGCUCCAACCUGGAAGGACGCACACAUGCAGUGCCAUGCGAGCGAUGUGCUUAUUAUGAUGAUGGGCGCCUUUCGGUUGUCCAUGCAUCCAAAGUUAGAACAAAACCAUUCACCCCUUCUAUCAAUUGCAUAACGGACCUUGGUGGUGCGUUAUUUCUGUCUUAUGUACUAGUAGAGACGAAGGCGAAGAGGAAAUGGAAAUGCUGUCAACGGAAGUUCUCGUCGGAGCGCCCAUCGUUGGAGAAGAAGAAGGAUUCUUUUCUUAAUUACAGUGGGUACUGGCUGUCAUCAGUCGACUUGGAACUUGAUCCCGGUUCGACUUAUAGUAACGGCCAAUUCAACCUAAAUCAACACGACCCUUCGAAAGUCGACAGAGCGCCCAGUGAACUCACGCACUAG